AAGUGAGGUGCGCACGGCGGGGUUCAUUUGUAAAGGGGAGCAGGUGUAAACAUUGCGGCUGUCACCUGUGCGUCACCUGCCGUCACCUGGGGCUGUACGUCACAGGUGAAGCGGCCUCAUACCAAGGCUGGUGAGGGGCUCUGGUGUUUUCAUAUUCCAGGCAACAAUGAUUUUGCAGGAGAGAGGAACACAAGAUAAGACACUCAAGUUUGUGGAGUAACACUAAUAGCAAUAGAAACAACCUACUCUGCAUCACCAUUGCUACCACCACCAGGACUCUGAGGAACUGUACAGGAGACAAACCAACAAUUUUCAGACCAGCUCGUGCGUCCUCUUGAGACAUUCACGAUGGGGAUGUUCGACAAGCUGGUGUUUGCUCUGGGCCUGAAGAAGAGGGAGGCGAGUGUGCUGGUCAUCGGCCUCGACAACUCAGGCAAGUCCACCAUGCUCAACCACUUCAAGUCUGAGGACCAGAAGAGCAACGAGAUUGUCCCCACCGUGGGCUUCAAUGUGGAGAAGUUCAAAGCAAGGAACGUGGGCUUCACUGCCUUUGACAUGUCUGGCCAGGGGCGGUACCGCAGCCUGUGGGAGCACUACUACCAUGACUGCCAGGGUGUCAUCUUUGUGGUGGACUCCAGUGACAAGCUGAGACUGGUGGUGGCUAAAGAUGAGCUGGACAUGUUCUUGCAGCAUCCAGAGAUUCGCACUCGCCGCCUGCCCAUCCUUUUCUUUGCCAACAAAAUGGACAUGCGUGAGGCAGUGAGCAGUGUGAAAGUGUCUGCAGCACUUGGUCUGGAGCGCAUCACCAACAAGCCAUGGCACAUCACCGCCUCCAAUGCCAUCACUGGGGAUGGCCUGCAUGAGGGAGUUGAGUGGCUCACCAACCAAAUCAAGGAGAACCUCAACAAGUGAACAGAGAGAUGUGCUCCCACACCCCCACAUCUUCCUUAACAGCCCCCUCCUUUUUCUGCAGGUCACACUUACUUUGAUGUUCAUGAAUUGUUUCUCAGCAUAGGCAGGUCGCUGACAUGAUAAGCUAGUGCUGCCAGUCACAUUCUUCCCUCUAGUCAGUGCAGUAUUAGCACCAGUGAACCAGAGGAGGUUCAUUCUCAACAUUCCGUCCAAGAGUUGUGAUGUUACAAUGCCUCUGUGAUGAGAGAUGUGCAGUACACAUUUGACUAAAUAAUUCCAUGUCACAGUAGAUUCUCACUCUAAUACCACUGUACUUUGUGAGAGAAGGUAGUCAUUAAGUUUAGAGGUCAUUAUAAGGAAUAUUUCCUCCUAAGAAGUAGGAGAGGUAUUGAUUGAUUUUUUAAGUCAGGUAUACUGUAAGUGCCGUAUUAUUUUUGCACAUUAACAUUUUCCCUUUCUCAGCUGUCUGGCAAUUCUUCUUUCCAAUAUUUUACCUCUGUAUCUAUGAUGUAAGAAUGAAAUCAUUGAUUAAUAUUAUUACUAUGCACUUUAUUUUACUUUAUUCACUGGUGUAUCUCAUAAUGAGAGGUUAAUGGCAUGUUAUAUUAGCUUCACAAUACCCAAGAUUUGUCCUGACUAGAGAAGCCUUCACAUACUGGCCUUGAUAGCUGUCUGGCCAGCUGAAGUACUUCUUGCUUCAAUACACUAAAGAGUGCAUUUGUUUCAAUCACACAGUUCUUCUCAUGCUUCAUCUCCUUAAUUGCUCUGUUUCACCACCACCGUAUGAAAAAAUGCAUCAGUUAGUCUCAGAAAAGUAUCCUUUGUAGAUUUUAGAUGCUAUAAGUUUGCCAUAAAUGUGAUACCUUCAGUUAUUCAUUUUAGCCAGUUUGAAGUUUUAUCUUAAUACCGUGAUAGUCAUUUCUAUUGUUUGCUUAUUUCCUGAAUAUGAUAUUUUGUAUUAUUCUCUUUUCCCUUCUAUAACUGACCAAUGUGAUGAGGUAGUGGGUAGACAUUAAGGUUGGCGUGUGUUAGAGUGAGACUUUACUUAGGUACAAUUUAGCUCUUACACAUGUAGUUAAGGUUGAGCUCGACAUAGGUGGCCUUCAGUUAGCCUUAUUGCCAAGUAGGAUCUGGCUUUGGCAUGCUCAGAAUAAAGCAAGUUGCAAUGCGUACGUGAUCUGGUUUCACAUUGCCAUAUUUCAAAAUAUCUUAUAAUGUAGUUAUUAACAUGGGCUUGAGGAUGUGUUUUAUUAGAUUAAUAAGUAGGUAUUUGCAACCUCUGUACAAGAAGUUGCUUCAGGAUGAUGGAAAGGCAACUCUCCUGUAUAAUAAGAUCUGUUGCUGAUGUGCUGAGCUGAACUAUCAUUCUCGUACAUCAACAGUGAAAGCCACUGCAAGAACAGUGUGAAGUGUGUGUGGCCCUAAUGAGGUACAGUACUGGAGAUGUCUAUUGUUGCCUGUUCAACUUGUCAAAGGUUGUGCUUGUUCCCAGAUCAGCUUGUAAAGUCUUUUCAUGCUUGGUACAACAGAGAAUUUAACUAAUUGCAAAAUUGGUAUGUACAGUGUCAGAUCUAUUACUUGUCUUAUAUAUAAGACAAAUUAGGUACAUGCUGUUAGCCUGCUUGUGGCCAAAUAUUGCUUCAGAAUUUAGACAUAUUAGGGCAAGCUGAAGUUUACUCCAGAAUUUGGACAUAUUAGGGCAAGCUGAAGUUUAAUGUUUACAACCAUCUUUAGAAAUGGUCUCUCAUUGUUAAGAGUAUUGCAUUAUUAGAAAACUGCAAUUGAAGAAAAAAAAAAAAAAAAAAAAAAAAAAAAAGGCUGGUGAAAAUGCUGUAUGGACAGCAAAGGAGCUUAUUGCUGUUGACUUACAAAAGACAAAGUGUAGGAAGGGAAACUGCUUAUCCUACUGUCAUUCAUUACAUAUCUAGUCUUUAAGCUAAGGCAUAUCAUGUAUGACAAGAGGUAUUGUCAGAGUGGCUUGGCUUAUGAGUGCCUGAGGUAAGCUAGUCAUGUCUUAACACUUAUUGGGGGAAGAGAAAUAUAGUAGGCCAUAUUUUUUGACAUUGGUUUUUCUAAGAGUUUGGCUUAAGGAUAGUGUAUACAUUUUAUAGACACCAAUUUAAUUCCAUCCAGAUGCACAAUAAAGCAUAAUUUAUUUAUA